CACGGUCAGCAGACUACAGCGUGCCCUCGAGAAGGAAAAAAAGUGUGUGAAAGAGCGCACAUGUCACUGCGCUUGUCCGCAGAGACGCGCUGAAGCUGUGAGAGCGCGCAGACAUCAAUCCGCGAUGUUGAAGCACCUUACAAACAACGGGACUGUUAAGGAUGUUCGGGGUCGCGGAUGUUGGACUUGUUCAAAAUGCAAGAUUUGGUGAAAACACUGCAUUCUUUUGCACAAGAAGUGAAUGAUGAUGAGAACGAUUACAACUGGACGUGGAUGAAGCGGCACCAAUUCAUCUCGUUUUCCUUAUAAAGAGAUGUGUGCUGAAUAGACAACCUCACUCUUCAAGUUGCCGAGUCAGUGACCUAUAAAUUGAGCAAAGGCAAGAAAUGGUCCAUGAAAUUUCAUGAAGAAUGUUUGGGGACAGAAAUGGCUAAACAAAAGUGUUAUUUCCCGGGUGUUGUUCGUCCACAGGCUUGCUGAUGACCUCACCGGGCAGACAGGUGAUCUCUGAAACUGCAGAGCUUUGGUUACACUGCGGAAUUGCGGAAUGACUGUUACCUGUUGAGCACGGAAGGAAAAACAAUGUCAAAUCGAAUCUAUCCAGUCAAGGGGCUCAUCCAUCCCCCCCGAGUGGCGCUGCCGAGGGAAGCACCGCUUUCAUCAUUUCGCAGAGGCUUCCAGGGAAGCCUGGAGGCAUGUUAACCUGCAGUUGUGAUGGCGCCGUCCCUCCGCGAUAUGGCUUGAAUGACACCUUCAGGGAUGGAUAUCAUGAACAUAACAAGAGCCUUCGACAGCGGCUCUUCGGAUGAGGCUUCCUCAAAUCAAGUCCUGACCGGUUGUUUCCUCUCACUGCUCAUCCUCAUCACACUGUUGGGCAACACGCUGGUCUGCGCAGCCGUCACCAAGUUCCGCCACUUGCGCACCAAAGUCACCAACUUUUUUGUCAUUUCGCUGGCUGUGUCAGACCUCUUGGUGGCCGUUUUGGUGAUGCCUUGGAAGGCGGUGAGUGAGAUCGCCGGUUUCUGGCCAUUCGGUUCCUUCUGCGACACCUGGGUGGCCUUCGACAUCAUGUGCUCUACAGCUUCCAUUCUCAACCUCUGCGUGAUCAGCCUGGACCGCUACUGGGCUAUCUCCAGCCCCUUUCGCUACGAGCGCAAAAUGACACCCAAGGUGGCGUUUGUGAUGAUUAGUGCGGCGUGGACGCUGUCCGUCCUCAUUUCCUUCAUUCCAGUGCAGCUCAACUGGCACAAGGCUCACACGACAUCUUUCAGCUCACUCUCUUCUACCGCCUCCACCUUUCUGAGAUCCAACGUGACAUCAGAGAACUGUGACUCCAGCCUGAACAGGACCUACGCUAUCUCCACCUCGCUCAUUAGCUUCUACAUCCCCGUCGCCAUCAUGCUGGUCACCUAUACCCAAAUCUACCGCAUUGCGCAAAGGCAAAUCAGGAGGAUCUCCGCCUUGGAGCGAGCGGCCGAGAGUGCCAAGAACAGGCACGACAGCAUGGGCGGAGGCUCUAGCAUCGCCGAUUCAGAGAGCUCGUUCAAGAUGACCUUCAAGAGGGAGACCAAAGUACUGAAGACCCUUUCCGUGAUCAUGGGCGUAUUCGUGUGCUGCUGGCUCCCGUUUUUCGUGCUCAACUGCAUGGUGCCCUUCUGCGAGCAGUCGAGCGGGGAGAAGGCUUUCCCCUGCAUCAGCCCCAGCACCUUUGAUGUGUUCGUGUGGUUCGGGUGGGCUAAUUCCUCCCUCAACCCCAUCAUCUAUGCCUUCAAUGCUGAUUUUCGCAAGGCCUUCUCCAUCCUGCUGGGCUGCCACAAGCAAUUUCCAGGAGGCCACAACAUCGAGACAGUUAGUCUAAACAAAAAAGGACUCAUGACUCGCUCAGAGCACUGACUCAUCCGCAGAGGGGUCCAAGCGUCCCCCCUACUAAUGCCAGUCUGAUUGCCUUUGAACAGAAAUGCUGCUGUGUGUGUGUGUGUUAGAGUGACUUAAAGGCGUUGAGCCUGCGCGGAUCCUGGUUGGACUGGGCAAGUGGACCGACUCCGGGAAAACUGUCAGAGUGAGCAUGCCUACUUCAGGUCUUUGCAUGGCAAGAGAGCCCAGAUGAGAGGAGGGGAUUUGGGGAUUGAGAUUACGACUCUUUGUUGCUAGGCCAGGAAGCGCUGCGGUACUGAGAGGCCCGUGGAAUAGAUAAUCCCAAGACUGGGCAGCGUACGCCAGACACUGCUCGCUUCAGUACCAUUCAGCAACAUGUCCACUACGCCAGAGAGAUACCGUAGGUUAAAAAAGUCUGUCACCAUUCCAUUCUGCUUUUACACUGGAAGAUGUUGAUAAAAUACAAUUUACCAUUUAAUCACUGAUUGUCAUCUUUCAGACCUGCAAUCUUAAAUUUCUUUCUGAAGCUGUCAGUGCAUCAAAACAUGCAAGUUGUGUUUUAUUUUUCUCACCCCAAAACAUCAUUUUUUCAGAUCCAUUUUCAACCUUAUCAUAUCUGCCCUCUUUGUUCGAAUUGGUUUUACAAAAAAGGGUCUCACAUUGCUACGUAUGUUAGGGAAAAGGCAGACACAACCUUUGUGCUACUUUUGUGUUUGCCUAUGAGAUCAUAAAGAAUUACAUUUCAAACGUUUAUGUCUGGCGGCCCGGUUAGCGCGUCAACCUCACAGUGCAGAGGCCGUCGGUUCGAUCCUGGCUCCGGCCUUCCUGUGUGGAGUUCGCAUGUUCUCCCCAGACCUAUGUGCGUUUUCUCCGGGUACUGCGGUUUCCUCCCAAACAUGCAUGGCAGGCUG